AGAUUCCGGAAAUUUGACCGUUCUUGACAUUACUUUCGGCGAUUUCAACGCGCCCACAUCUACGCCUGAAUCAAGAAUACCUCAUUUGCUGCGGGACUCGAUAGUCAAAGAGAAGAGGUUGAGAAUUUUCCAGCAGUUUCCGUUGAUGAAAUGGAUGAUAGCUCGCUGGAACCUUCUAUCGCAGAACGAUGGUUAUUUGCAGGAUGGCCAGGCCACGCCCCGAGACCAGAUGUCUAAUCCCUUACAGUUUGCAUCCCGAUGGAAGGUCCAGCUGGAGCAUUCCCCGGCGCAAUCGAUCUUUCGGUCCAAACACGAUCUGGAAAGGAAUUGUUGGAUCGUCCAGUUUCGGCAUCGGCCGUUUUGCGUUCCACUGAGGAUAAACCGCAGCCGAAGUCGACGGAAACGUCGACAAGCCCCACUUCGCCUCGGGAAACACCGGCUAAUCGAAGUGAUCAGGUGACGUUGCCGAAUCUUGAAGUCAACGAUUCACCAUGUGAUGGAGGUGAUCAAAUUUUGGACGAGAGUGACGCAGUUCACCUUGCUCCAUACGACCUUCGUCUCCGAGCAGAUCGUCACGGCCGGAAACGGAAUCGCCCAAACUGGGGUGACCUUGUCAAACGUUACAAUCACGGGAUUUUCAUCCCACUUUCGGUACAUCCCGUCGAUCAGCUUUCCACAGUCGUACAUCGACAGAGCAGAACUUUUUACAGAACUUCUCAAAAAGCAUUCGAUGCCGCGAUCCAAUGCGGCUGAUGCCGUGGAUCGUGUUGUGUCGGCAAAACUCCAUAAACAGAUCUUUCAGUCCGGAUGAAGAGGAAGAAGAUGGUACUUAGAUGUAGGUUGUAGGAGUAUGAAGACAAAGAAUACGAUGUGAAUGUGUUGUAUAAACUGUGAAAAUACAAAAAAAAAAUGUUUAAAA